AUGCCUACCGACUCAGAUAUCGAAAGGCAAACCAAAUUGACUGAAAGUGAAAUCGAAGCGGAGAAGAAUGGCGAACGAUGUGAUGUGACCGACUCUGAGGACGAUGCCUCAGUUGACGAUGAAUAUGAUUCGGAUUUUGUUGUUGCUGACGGCGAUUACCACGACGACGAUAAAAAGCAAAUGGCGAGGAAACGAAAUCAAGAGAAGAAAAAACGUGUACAAAAACUGGCAGCUGAAAACAAGAAGGGGAAAAACAAAAAGCUGGCAAAGGACCGUAUAGCACGUAGGGAUCGGCGAAAUAAACUGAAAGGUGAAGACAAGAAGAAGAAAAAGUCUAAUAAAUCGUCAAGCCAGAAAUCCUCGAAAAGUAAAAAGUCCAAAAAGGGCAAACGCCGUCACGUCAGCACCUCACCUGAAAGCGACUACAGCGGGAGUGACAGCGGGAGUGAAAGCGAGAGCGAAUAUAGCAGCGAGAGCGAUAGCGAGGACGAAGAAAUCACAGCUGAGGAAUCUAUAAGUGGAAGCGACUUUCACGAAUCAGAUUUGGAAAGCCAAGACGAUGAUUUGUUCAACGAUUCAGACAAGGAAAAUAAAGUCAAAGUCAAAAAAUCAUUCAGCCCAAAGAAGGGUCAAUCGACAGUAAAGGGAAAACCGUCAAAAACCAAUCCAAAAAGUAACAAACCAUCUGCGAAACAAGAUUCGAAAAAGAAGGUCAAAAAAUCAUUCAGCCCAAAGAAGGGUCAAUCGACAGUAAAGGGAAAACCGUCAAAAACCAAUCCAAAAAGUAACAAACCAUCUGCGAAACAAGAUUCGAAAAAGAAGGUUAGUUCUGUAGCUAAGACUGCAAAAAAAGGAAAAAGAAAAUCCACUCCCAUUUACAGCGAUUCAGAGGAUGAUGUUGAAGCUGGAAUGGACAAGGAGAGUGAGAAAGACAUAACAGUUCUAUCGGAUACUGACGGUGCCGCCGAUGAUAACGUGUAUAAAACAGAUAAGAAAAAAUACAACAUUAAUGAAAGCGGACAAAGCAGUGAUUCGACAGAUGGUUCAGCCAGUGAGGACAGCGAAGGUGAACCGCCAGCAAAGAAAAUGAAAAUGAACAAAUCAUCACCCUCAUUGCCUACACCCAAAGUCAAGAAAGAUGGUGAAAUUGCCGCAGCUUCCAAGAAGGUCAACAACACAUCAAAAACACCAACUGCGAAAUCUGCUGCUGCAAAACCAAAACCCACACCGGCUAACAAAAAGGCACCAGCAACGAAGACUGCACCAACGAAAGCCAAAUCUACCGCCGCUACAGUUUCUGCGCCUAAGAAACCUAUAGCGAAGACCAGUACCGCAAAUAAAACAAAUGCCACAUCAACCGGCUCCUCAACACUGAUAAAAGGAUAUAUACAAAACCAAAUUCUGCGUGCCCUUAAACACAACAGCCAUGAAAAGACAGGACAUUUUUUCGAGCUCAAUGAGGGAGAAGACAGCGAUGAAAAUACAAUCCUCGACAACUUCAUUCCAUACAUGCACUCUAAGAACUAUUUUAUCAUUAAUAGUAAAAUUGUUACUAUUUAA